AAUGAUAACAGAAUAUAUGUUGGUAAUCUACCACCAGACAUCCGAAACAAAGACAUCGAAGACUUAUUUUACAAGUUUGGAAGAAUCAACUACAUUGACCUAAAAAACAAACGUGGACCUCCUUUCGCCUUUGUUCAGUUUGAAGAUCCACGUGAUGCUGAAGAUGCUGUCCACCAUCGUGAUAGUUAUGAUUAUGAUGGCUAUACAUUGAGAGUCGAGUUUCCUAGAGGACCAAAUGCUGAAGGUGGUAGUAGUGGAUUUGGUGGUGCAACAGGCGGUGGAAGAGGACGAGGUGGUCCUCCAUCAAGACGUUCUGAAUACAGAGUACUUGUAUCUGGGUUACCACCAUCUGGAAGUUGGCAGGAUCUAAAGGAUCACAUGAGAGAAGCUGGUGAUGUUUGUUAUGCUGAUGUAUUUAAAGAUGGUACUGGUGUUGUUGAGUUUCUGCGCAAGGAAGACAUGAAAUAUGCUGUUAGGAAAUUAGACGAUUCCAAGUUUAGAUCACAUGAGGGAGAAGUAUCAUAUAUAAGAGUGAAAGAAGAUUAUAGAGGUGGAGGAGGGGGUGCUGGACCUGUUGGAGGUGGAGCAAUACAGAGAUCCAGAAGUAGAAGUUUCUCACCAAGAAAUCAAAGAGGAUCACCAAGAUAUUCACCAAUGGCUAGAUCACGCUCG